AUGGUCGUGGACGUGGACGUGGACGUAGACAUGGUCGUGGACCUUGACGUGGACGUGGUCGUGGUCGUGGACGUGGUCGUGGACGUGGACAUGGACGUGGACGUGGACGUGGACGUGGACAUGGACGUGGACGUGGACGUGGACGUGGACGUGGACAUGAACGUGGAUGUGGACAUGGACGUGGAUGUGGUCGUGGUCGUAGACGUGGACGUGGACGUGGACGACGUGGACGUGGACGUGGACGUGGACGUGGUCGUGGACAUGGAGGUUGACGUGGACGUGGACGUGGUCGUGGACGUGGAGGUUGACGUGGACGUGGACGUGGUCGUGGACGUGGAGGACUUGGACGUGGACAUGGAUGUGGACGUGGACGUGGACGUGGACGUGGACGUGGACAUGGUCGUGGACGUGGACGUGGACGUGGACGUGGACGUGGACGUGGACAUGGACGUGGACGUGGACGUGGACGUGGACGUGGACGUGAACGUGGACGUGGACGUGAACGUGAACGUGAACGUGAACGUGAACGUGGACGUGGACGUGAACGUGGACGUGGACGUGGACGUGAACGUGGACGUGAACGUGAACGUGGACGUGCACGUGCACGUGGACGUGAACGUGAACGUGGACGUGAACGUGGACGUGGACGUGGACGUGGUCGCGGACGUGGACUUGGACGUGGACGCGGACGUGGACAUGAACGUGGAUGUGGACAUGGACGUGGAUGUGGUCGUGGUCGUAGACGUGGACGUGGACGUGGACGUGAACGUGUACGUGGACGUGGAGGACGUGGAUGUGGAGGACGUGGACGUGGACGUGGAGGACGUGGACGUGGACGUGGACGUGGACGUGGUCGUGGACAUGGAGGUUGACGUGGACGUGGACGUGGUCGUGGACGUGGAGGUUGACGUGGACGUGGACGUGGUCGUGGACGUGGAGGACUUGGACGUGGACAUGGAUGUGGACGUGGACGUGGACGUGGACGUGGACGUGGACAUGGUCGUGGACGUGGACGUGGACGUGGACGUGGACGUGGACGUGGACAUGGACGUGGACGUGGACGUGGACGUGGACGUGGACGUGAACGUGGACGUGGACGUGAACGUGAACGUGAACGUGAACGUGGACGUGGACGUGAACGUGGACGUGGACGUGGACGUGAACGUGGACGUGAACGUGAACGUGGACGUGCACGUGCACGUGGACGUGAACGUGAACGUGGACGUGAACGUGGACGUGGACGUGGACGUGGUCGCGGACGUGGACUUGGACGUGGACGCGGACGUGGACGUGGACGUGGACGUGAACAUUGAUACGUGGACGUGGACGUGA